AUGCCGCCAAAGUCGAGGAAGUCUAAGGGCGCCGACCCGCCGGCCACGCCCAGAACCACGAGAACAACCCGCUCAAGCAACGCAGCUUCCACACCCAGCCAAGACGCUCCUAUGACGCGCGCAAGGUCCCGCUCGCAGUCUACAGACGUUGAACGCACCACACGCGGCUCUUCGGCAGGAUCUAACGCCUCGUCUCAGCCAACGCACGCUGCCACCCGUCGCACUAGGUCGACAGCCAAACUCCAGCCCCUAUCACCCCUACCAGAACACAGUGUCAUUCCGCCAAAGAAGCGCGGACGAAAGGCAAGGCAGGCUGAGACUGCCUCGCAGCGAUCCGACACACAGCCCGUCUCCCAAGCAACCGACCAUACCCUCGCCGCCGAGAGCGCCUCGUCCAACGAACCUCACCCAACCGCGUCGCAAUCGUUCGGCGGCUCUCAGUUCAGCGCGUCGUACCGGGCCGCAGACGAUGACGAACAAGCACAAGCCCAGCUGUUUGCGGAGGCGUCGCAAGGUGACACCUACUCGUACCCAGCCGAGGUUGAGGAUCCGCCAUUGGACACUGGGUUCACGGAAACUGGGGCGGCUACCGCAGAAAGAUUUAAAGAGGAGAUGACGGAUGCCGAGACCCCGGCGGCAAUCAAUGAAGAAGACGAAGUUCAGGUGAUUGAGCAAGUACAGCUGGUCGAGCAAGUUCAAGUGGUUGAGGAGAUCGAAGUGGCUCAGGACGCCGAAGAGAUUCCGGAAACAGAAGUGGUCGAGGAAGUCACUGUUGUUCAACAAUCUACUAUCACGCAAUACGAAGUGGAGUCGCAGUAUCUCUCCGAAGAGCACGAUGAGCUCCGCGGAGAAGAAGAACACAUUUAUGACGAAGGCCACGACGAAGCGCAAUACGACAUCCAGUCGCUGUCUCGAUCCGCCACCGAGGAGUCUUCUGAGCAGUCUGAAGAUUAUGGGUCGGUCCAAGACGAACAACGAUACGAGAUUGUGGAAAUCACAGAUGAGGAAGAAGAGAUGGAAAACCAAGAUGAUACAGUCAGGUACCCACAGCUUGGGGCCGUUCAGCCGGAACUUAUCGCAACGUUACCGCCUGCGGCUUCGCACGACACAUCACCGCAGGCGCAACCGUCGCAGUCCCAGGUCAUUGAAAUUCUCAGCGACAGUGAGGCGGAUGCUUCGGGCAACGAUGAAGGUAUCGAAGCCGACGGAGUUGUAGAAGCCGAUGACGUUACGAGAGAUGAUGAUGUUGUGGAAGAUGAUGAAGGUUCCGGCGCGGUCCAAGCCAUCCAAGCUGAUCAAGUCGUCCAAGCUGAUGAAGUUAUCGAACCCGAUGAAGGCGUUGAGACUAACGAAGAACGCGAAGCGGGCGAGGUUGUCGCAGCUGGCGGUGUUGUCGAAGUUGACGGAGUUGCGGAAGCUGUCCAAGCUCGCCGUGCGGUUAGCAGAGACACUCAGCGUAAGAUUUCAGCUUUCAUCAAAACUCACCCUAUGCGCGGUGUCACAAGCACUUCAUCCAUCCAUCUCAAAGAAGAAGCCAUCCGAAGGGCAAUUAGGAAGGGCGAGUUGCAACAUGACAUCAUGAUCCUUCUUGCCCAGAAGGAUGCCGAAAAAGAUGCACUUGUCGCCAGAAUGAAGGCAGAUCAUGCACGCAUAAAUGCGUCGAAUCUCAGCGCUGUGCACCAACAACUUAUACAAUUACGCACAUUAUAUACAGAGGGGAGGCUUACUAUAGAAUAUAUAGAUCGAGCUCUUGCGAGCACCAAACCCGACUCGCCAAAGAAAGCACCCAUUACUAACAGACCUUCAAAGACAAACGCCAAGCACGGACCCGACGUCGCCGAUGCCGCUGGUCCCGAAAUUGCUUCUCACGAGCGACCCACCGAACCACCUGAACGUCCAGCGAAGAGGGCACGCGUUCUGGAGACCACGACUCCGCAGCAGGAUACGUCUAGAAGGUUUGGCUUUCUGACUCCAUUCUUCAGCAGUUUUUCCACCGAGCCGAUAGAUGCUCCUGUCACAGUCCCGUCCACAGAACCGCCAAGACAGCGGUCAGAUGCGCACCGGCCUUCGAGAAAGCGUCGAGCAUCUGCGCUAGACGCUGAGUCUGUGAAUGAUGAACAGCCUUCUGCAACCCAACCUCAACGAAGCUCGCAGCGCAACGGCCUGUUCAAUCGCAGCGCUCGGAUGUACAGCAUCCCCUCGGAUGACGAGGAAGACACGCCAGAAGAACAAGCGGCGAAAGAGCAGGCAAGAAAAGCGAAGAAGGCGGAGCUCGAGCGGCAGAAGAGGAUGAGGGACUGGAUCGCAGAGCCAAGGCCUGACCCUCCAAGCGAAGAAGGGAAAUGGGCGUAUCUUAGCGGUCCAGCUGACCAGCUUAAGAAGAUCGAAGCUCUGAAGAAGGCGAAGAUGGCCGAAAAGGAAAAGGAGCGAAAAGCCCAUCGAAAGGAGGAGGAAGAAAUGGAGAAGGCCGCCGAGCGUGCGCGCCGAGCCGAGGCAGGCGAAGAGCACCAAGGCGAAUAUGAGCAGAGCGGCCAAAAUGCGCAGGAUGAGAAUAUGAAUGACGCUGAGAUGACCGGCGGUGAUACUUCACGCGGGCAGGAUGACUCUUCCCGUCAAAACGCGGAUUCAACCGCUGAUCAGCAUAUGAUGUCGGGUGCUCUCAUAUCCACUUCAGCCCGAGAAACACCUCCUUCUAGGCGCACAGGCCUAUUAGGUUUCUUCACCGAACAGGUUUCUAGGUUCAUCGGUCGCACAACUCAGCCCAGUACUGAAGACGGAGCCGAGUCAAGCCCUACUGCCGGCGCACAACAGCACAGUCCUGAAGAGCCAGUGACCCCUACUCCACAACACAACAAGAAGGCGAGCGUGCCCCAGUCGGCGCCUCAGACUCGAAGACGAGGCAUGACGACCCAGCCGGUGAAACCACGCGAGAAGAACGCCGACAAGCGCAGCCGCAAUAUCGACAGCCGUGCCGCAGUUGAUCAAGCCAACAAAGCUCGUAAGAAGAAGGCGAUGGACGACUACGAUGAAAUUCUCGAGCAGCAGCAGGUCGGACAGAAGCGCCGGGUCCGUGUCGACGACCUAGAAUACAUUCCAAAUCCACGGUCUGGCGGCUAUGGUCAACGCGAGAUCAUCGAGAUCGACGGUGAAGACUACAUUGAGUUUUCGCCCGGCGAGGAAGUUCCACGGAUCAAGAAGAAGGCUCGGACCGAAUCGACACGCGCAGAUGAUGGCGACCAGAUUCCGCAGUUCGCUCCCCAGCCCGCGCAAAACACCCCAGUGCGCCGCCGUGAGACUCCGAGGGCAAGGAAGUAUCGCCUCGAAGCAGAGCGCAGGAAGCAGGAAGAAGAAGCCGAAAACAGGAGGCAGGCGGCUUUCUCCCGACCCGCACCACCUCCAGGUCACCGUGUCACCUCAACGGAGUACUAUGGAAGCAUAGCAGCUGGUCCUGGAGACCCGGGCUGGAAUCCUAACUUAUUCCAGCAGUAUGAGGCCGAUGAAGAAGCAGCUACGAGCCCGUCCGGCCAGGAAACUGCGCCGCCUCCGAUGCGAACCUCGUCAGAAGAAGCAGAGUUCCAGGCGAAGCUCAGAAAGACCGGCCACAUCAAGGGCUCAGGCGUAUUUGCGGUGCCUGAAGGUAGUGACGAGGAGGAUUCGGACAUCUCGGUGACGGAAGAGAUGAUAGAAUCGCAGGAUCGAUAUGAGUGCGAGGAGUUCAACGCUAAAGGCGUCCCCAAAACCUCGACAUUCGGUGAACCGAGCAAGAACAAUGCUACCCGAGCAACUGGAGAAGUGCGCAUACGAAAAGAUCCCGAUGGCAUACGAAGAAACACAGCACGCGAAGAGAGGGAAGCUCGGGAACUUCGAGAAGAGCGAGAAGCCCGAAAACUGCGAGAACUCCACGACGCUCAGCAGACUCCACCACCGCAAGAGCCGCCCCAAGCACCGAAGCCGGCACACGCGUCGCUACCUGGAGCGUUGACGACAGUAAAAGAUGCUGCACAACCCUCAGCUGCAUCAGGCUCACUUGCAGAAUCAAUCGCCCGCCAGAGGGCCGUCGCUGACAAGCACAAGCCGAAGAUCCCUAGCGGCCUACGCGCUUCGAGCCGGCUCUCGACUUCCACAGUCGCUUCUGACGAUGGAGCAGAAGAUUUCCACGCGACGGCAAACACGCAGAACUUGGGUGACAGCCUGCUGAACCAGGGCGUUACCCCAACGAUCCAGACAGCUAGUGGUGUUAACGUUUUCAACGAGGCAGAGAAGCAGCUACCUCCGACUAUAGAGCAGGCAGCCUCCGCUGGUCCUAUCGAAGCAACCCAGCCGACCAGCGCGCCUCCUGCCACCGUCUCCGCUUAUACUCCUCCACAGCAACCAGCACCCUCCCUCGCCUUCCCACCAGCCACCCCCCUCAACAUCGACUCCGCCGUCCGCGCCCCUCUCACAAGCGCAAUCCAGCAAAACACCCCCCACAUCAUCUUCGACUUCCCAGCGCCGGAGCCCGUAUCAGCCAGCCCCGAGGUCCUCGCCGCCGUUCGCGCCGCCCUCGCCGCACAGCCCGCCGACUUCCCUCAACGCGCCCUCACGAGCUUCCAAAACCGUUUCGCGGAGUGGCAGCGCAACAGUGCCAACAAUGCUAACGCCAACGCUGCAAUUACUCCUGUGGCUACUGGCCUGGCCGCCUAA